GUGACUCUCAGCGAUUAUACGUGAGGCCUCUUACUGUAUGUCGUCAUCACUGGGGCGCGCUCCUGUGAGGCAGUGUUGACAGCGCGUGUUAUUGAUCUUAUUGGUCCAGCCGCAGGAAGGUGGUGAUUCUCGGAGUGUCCAGGUAUCAUACGCUGAGAAGCUUUUACUUUCUUACCUUGAAGACAUUUCUUUCAGACCGGGAGAAGUGCUGUCCAGGUUUAUCUGGGGAGAAUGUUCGGCGUGGUGGUUUUGGGGGUCGGCAUGGCAGGCCAGGUUAGGAUCAGGGACCUGGUGUCGCCUCUGCCGUCCAGCCCGGCCGAGAAGUUCAGCAUCAAAGGGUUUGUUUCCAGGAGAGCUCUGGAAGAUCAGCAGGGUGUGAAGCAGAUCCCUCUGGAGGAGGCUGUGAGUCGCGAGGACAUCCAUGCAGCCAUAGUGAGCACGGAGAACUCCUCCCACGAAGAGCACGUCAGGAGCUUCCUGGAGGCCGGGAAGCAUGUCUGUGUGGAGUACCCCAUGGCGCUGUCCCACGCUGCCGCCGUCCAGCUUUGGGACCUGGCUGCUCAAAAGGGGAAGGUGCUGCAUGUGGAGCACAUUGAGCUGCUCACAGCUGAGUACAAGCAGCUGAAAAAGGAGCUAUCUGGCAAGAAGCUUCUGGAAGGGAGUCUGCACUUCACAGGCGGCCCCCUCCCGGCUGGCUUCGCCUCCCUGGCCUUUAGCGGCGUCUCCCGUCUGACCUGGCUGGUGGACCUGUUUGGUGAGCUGAGCGUGACAGGGGCCAGCAUGGAGGAGGCCGCGGAGGCACAGCACGUGAAGCUCACGGCCCGGCUGCUGACAGAGGAGCAGAGGCCCCUGACGUGGAUCGAGGAGCGGGGCCCGGGCCUCCGCCGCUCCAAGGCCAUCAGCUUCCGCUUCGCGUGCGGCACAGUGGACCGGCUGCCGGAGGCGCCGCGGGAUGCUGUGGGGCUCUUCGCGCAGGACCUCUGCAUCUUCGGCCAGAAGCUGCUUGGCCAGGUGCCCGACGAGGCCCUGUCUGCGGAGCGCCGACGCAUCCUGCACUGCCUGCAGCUGGCCGAGCGCAUCCAGCAGCUGGCUAAGGGACAGGCGUGAUGGCGCCCUCUACAGGCGGGAGGGAUAUUGCAUGUCAGAUCCACACUGCACUUUCUGUGACCCCCCUGCCCACACACACAUGCUUUUCUUGGAGACCUUGUGGUGUUUCUCUCUAUACUAACAUAAUAAAAGUAGGUGUAUUUUUAAUGUUUUAGUUAUUAUGUGACUCCAUCAUCCCACUUUCUUAACGCAAAUGUACGGAGCCCCUCUGGUGACAUAGUAGAAAAAAAUAUAUAUUGCGUAACCACUAGAUAAUUAAGUGGUGGCCACGACUUUCUUAAAGUGUGGGAAGGAGUUAAAUUUCUGGGAUGUUGUACGCUGGUCUAAUGCACUUGUUGAUAAUGCCUUUAAGAAGUUAACGUGUCUUCUCACAAUUAUGUCAUCAAUUAAAAAGAUUAUAAUUUCUUUAUAAAA